AUGGAGGCUGAGAGCUGGCUGAAACAGAUUGAGAAAGUCUUUCAAGCUCUGAGGUGCCCUGAUGAGGAGAAAGUCCUUUUUGCCACCUUUAUGUUACAGGGUGAGGCAGCUGACUGGUGGGAGAUGGAGAAAGGGAAGCUUGGUCCGGAUGAUGCCCCCUUCAUUUGGGAAGAAUUUAAAAAGGUUUUUCAUGAGAAGUAUUUUCCACGGGGUAUCCGAUUCCAGAAAUAUAGGGAGUUUGACCGACUGGAGCAGGAUGAUAUGACAGUUGCUCAGUAUGCAGCAAAGUUUGAAGAGAUGUCCCGAUAUGCUCCGACCUUGAUAUCAGAGGAUAGUGACCGAGCAAGAAAAUUUGAAAAUGGACUCAGGGGAUGGAUUCAACAACAAGUCGCUGCUUUUGAACUGUUUAGUUAUAAAGAUGUGGUUAACAAAGUCCUGGUGAUAGAAAAAGGGCUUGAUAAUGCCCAGACUGCCAGAGAAAAGAAUAUGAAGAAAAGGUUUCAAUCUACUGAUUCUCCGAGCCAAAUAGUAGAUCCUUCAAGUCAAAGGAUCAGAGACCGAAUCAAGUUGUCACCUGAGACAGAGGUCAAGCCCGAGGUGCCAUUAGAUGCUACAGAUGUGGAGGACCUCAUCUUAAGCGAGAUUGCACUUGGAUUGGAGGGACAUAUUUUUUUGUGGUUAAGAAGGGCAUAA